AUGUCCGAGAAGGCGCAGGCACUGAAGGCCCAAAAGGCGAUCUUGCACGGCACGCGGGUCGAGGCGAAGAAGAUAAGGACCAAUGUUCACUUCUUCCGCCCCAAGACCCUGGUUCACAAGAAGGCACCUCUUUAUCCCCGCAACCCGAUCAAGAAGGGGUCUUGGGAUGAUCCGUGUGACCUUCUUCGCUACCCGAUUAAGACAGAUGAGAAUACAACCCAGAUCGAGAAGAACAACACCAUAGUAUUUAUCGUGGACAGGAGGGCAUCAAAGCCCGAGAUCAGGAAGGCCUUCGAGACCGUUUUUGAGACCAAGGUUGCCCGCGUGAACACCCUCAUUACUCCCCUCGGACUUAAGAAGGCGUUUAUCAGACUGGCCCCGGACGUGCAGGCCAUGGACGUCGCCUCUAAGAUGGGGCUAGCGUAA